AUGGUUCAAAAGGCUGUUCUCGUUACUGGUGGCGCUGGCUACAUUGGUUCUCAUACCGUUAUCGAAUUAUUGAAUGCCGGCAGAGAAGUCGUCAUUUAUGAUAACCUUUACAACGCCUCUUAUGAAGCUGUCCGCCGUAUCGAACAAAUCUCUGGUAAGAAGCCUCAUUUCUACAAGGCUGAUAUCCUCGAUAAGAAGGCUCUUUUGGAAGUGUUCAGCCGUCAUCCUAUUGAUUCUGUUAUCCACUUUGCUGGCUUGAAAGCUGUCGGUGAGUCCACUCAAAUCCCUCUUGAUUACUAUUACAACAACAUCACUGGUACUAUUGUCUUGUUGCAAGCCAUGAAGGAGGCUAAUGUAAAGAACAUUGUCUUUUCUUCUUCUGCAACUGUAUACGGUGAGCCCCCCGUUAUCCCUAUCCCUGAAACCAGCCCUACUGAUGCCAAGAGCCCUUACGGUCGCACUAAGCUCUUCGUUGAACACAUUAUUCGCGAUCUCUGUACUGCCGAAAAGGAGUGGAACGCCGCUCUUCUCCGUUACUUUAACCCUGCUGGCGCUCAUCCCUCUGGUAUUUUGGGUGAAAACCCUACUGGUGUCCCCAACAACUUGAUGCCUUACUUUGCCCAAGUGGCUAUUGGUAAGCGUGAGUACUUGUCUGUCUUUGGCAACGAUUACCCCACUCGUGAUGGCACAUGUAUCAGAGAUUAUAUCCAUGUCGUUGAUUUGGCUGAAGGCCAUUUAGCUGCUCUCAAGAAGCUCGAAGAUAAUCCCGGUUGUGUAGAGUAUAAUUUGGGUACAGGUGUUGGAUCCACAGUUUUGGAGAUGGUACACGCUUUCCAAAAGGCUGUUGGUCGUGAAUUGCCUUACAAGAUUGCUCCUCGUCGUCCUGGCGAUGUCCCUGACCUUACUGCUGAUCCUGCCAAGGCCAACAAGGAAUUGGGCUGGAAGGUCAAGUUCUCUUUGGAAGAGGCUUGUGCCUCUUUGUGGAACUGGCAAAGCAAGAACCCUGAAGGUCUUGAAGGAUAUCCUUCUGAAGCUCCUAGCGAAUGUGUCAUCAACUACCUUUAA